AUGCUUGCCAUGGUCCGCCGGUAUGACAUGGGCUAUGGACUGGGGCUGCACGCCCGCUACGACGAGCAGUACGGCGCCGACUCGGGUUCAUCACAGCCGGACUCAGGCGCGACCACCGAUCGCAUCAUCAUAGGCGUUGUUGUUGGCGGGGUUGCCACGAUCGCAAUCACCGCCGGAAUCUUUUUCUUCCUUUUUAAAAAACGAAAAUGGGACCGCAUCAAGCGAUACGAAGAACACCUCCUGGCUAUGCGGGCGUCGUCGUCAGCAGAGUACAACAAGCCCCGGGGGUUCACACCAGAGCCUUACACAACAUCCAAUCGUCCGUACUCGUCCGUGUGGUCGUAUGGUCCGCCACCACGACAACAACAGGGCCACGACCAGCAGCAGCAUCAACAAAGACGACCGUCCGUUGAGAGUCCACCACCGGCAUAUCACCAACCAUAUCCCGCAUAUGAUCCGUCGCAGUAUCCUCGAGUGAGCCUACCAGCGAGCGUGAGGCCCCCUCGAGAGUCAACCGGCAGAGCAUCAUCGUCUUUCUCCGGUGUCCGUGGUCAUGCUCUGUCUGGAUCCGGGCCGGGACUGGGGAUCGGGUCCGAGGAUGCGUCUGGAUCGAUCCCGCUCACGCAGUUCGGACACUCUGAACCAAUGACGCACCCCAUACAAUCGCGACCGUCGUAUCAGCGCGAUCCGCGUGGUCUCUCACCGGAAGGCUCCAUGUCCGUGCAGUCGGAUGAUACGGCUGGAAGGCCGUCGGUUGAAGGGACAGCUGCGCCCCCUCGACGACCAAAACCGGCGUUGUCCAGGCUGAUCACGAACUUUGGGUAG